AUGAGCAUCCACCGCCCGACACCAGCGACACCACAGGCUCUCCUCGCCUACCGGCCGGCCUACAUACAUAUCUUGUAUCUCUACCUUCAGCUCCGGUCUCGUAUCAUCGACUGUCGACAAUCUCUCUGCGUCGGAACCUCUCUACACGCGUCGGAAUCUAGCUUCACAUCUUCAGAUAACCAUCCAGUUCAGCUCAUCAGACCUUCCAAUGACCAUCCGAUCUUUGGCGGCAGUUAA